UAACCGCAGUUCCCAGACAAGGAAGUUAGAGGUGCCUCCACCUUGUGUACGCGCUAUUUGCUUCUGGGUAGAAACAGUACUUUAUCGAGUAGUUUUAAAAAACCUGGGCGUCUGCUGUCUUCGUGUUCACUAAGUGGGACUUUGGAGAAAGAAUCUUUGAUUAUGGAUUUUGGAAAGUCCUGUGACAAGGAUAAGGAGAAGCAGAAGGAAAAGUGUGAAAACAAAAAACAUAAAAAGAAGGAAGAAGGUAAAGAUGCAUCAAGUUCAAGCUCUACAAGCAGCAGCAGCAGCAGCAGUUCAGAGUGUGAAGGCAAAGAAAAGCAUGGGGAUCCAAAAAAGAAGAAGAAGAAAGAAAAGAAGCACAAGCACGAUAAAUGCAAGGCAGAUAAGCACAAACCUUGCAAAAAAUAGCAAAGCAUGUUACACAUGACAUCAUCAGAGUUGCUACUCCCCUUUCUUAAAGAUGUUUGCUUUAAACAAACACAUUAUUACUCAGUCACUGUUUCAUAAAAUGAAUGAUUAAAUAUGAACUGCAUGAUUAUCUAAGUUCUACCAAAUAAAGAAUAUAUCUGAAUAAUCA